CCUUGAGACUCGGCGAUCAGGCUGUCCUGCGGGCAGCCUGUGAGAAGGCCGGGAAGAUGGCGGCCUCCUGGAGGCCCGCCUGUGACCCGCGGCUGCUACACUAUCUCCUGGGCUUCGCUGGCCACCGAAGCCUGGGACUGGUUAAGAGGGCGUCUGUGUGGUCUGUCGGCCGCGGAUCUAGUUGGAGAUGGUUUCACAGCACGCAUUUGCUGCGGGUUGACCCUAUUAAGAUACUAAUGCCAUCACUGUCUCCUACAAUGGAAGAAGGGAACAUUGUGAAAUGGCUAAAAAAAGAAGGUGAAGCUGUGAGUGCUGGAGAUGCAUUAUGUGAAAUUGAGACUGACAAGGCUGUGGUUACCUUAGAUGCAAGUGAUGACGGCAUCUUGGCCAAAAUAGUGGUAGAAGAAGGAACUAAAAAUAUACGGCUAGGUUCACUAAUUGGUUUGAUAGUUGAAGAAGGAGAAGAUUGGAAGCAUGUUGAAAUUCCCAAAGAUGUAGGUCCUCCACCACCAGCUUCAAAACCAUCAGUGCCUCGCCCUUCACCAGAACCACAGGCUUCUAUCCCUGUCAAGAAGGAACCAACACCGGGGACACUACGGUUCCGUUUAAGUCCAGCUGCCCGUAAUAUUCUGGAAAAACACUCACUGGAUGCUAGCCAGGGCACAGCAACUGGCCCUCGAGGGAUAUUCACUAAAGAGGAUGCUCUCAAACUGGUACAGUUGAAACAAAUGGGCAGGAUCACUGAGUCCAGACUGACCCCAGCCCCUUCAGCCACUCCCGCAGCACCUUUGCCCCCACAGGCCACAGCUGGGCCAUCUUAUCCUCGGCCAAUGAUCCCACCGGUAUCAACUCCUGGACAACCAAAUGCAGUGGGCACCUUUACUGAAAUCCCCGCUAGCAAUAUCCGAAGAGUUAUUGCCAAGAGGUUAACUGAAUCUAAAAGUACAAUACCUCAUGCAUAUGCUACUGCUGACUGUAACCUUGGAGCUGUAUUAAAAGUUAGACAAGAUCUGGUCAGAGAAGACAUUAAAGUAUCAGUAAAUGAUUUUAUCAUCAAGGCGGCAGCUGUUACCCUUAAACAAAUGCCAGAUGUUAAUGUAAGCUGGGAUGGGGAGGGCCCAAAGCAACUACCCUUUAUUGACAUUUCAGUGGCUGUGGCAACAGAUAAAGGUUUAAUUACACCGAUUAUAAAAGAUGCUGCUGCUAAGGGCAUAAAGGAAAUUGCCGACUCUGUAAAGGCUCUAUCAAAGAAAGCAAGAGAUGGAAAAUUGUUACCUGAAGAAUACCAAGGAGGAUCUUUUAGUAUUUCCAACUUGGGGAUGUUUGGGAUUGAUGAAUUUACUGCAGUGAUCAACCCUCCCCAGGCCUGCAUAUUGGCUGUUGGGAGAUCCCGGCCUGUGCUGAAGCUCACGGAGGAUGAAGAGGGGAACGCCAAACUGCAGCAGCACCAGCUCAUAUCGGUCACAAUGUCAAGUGACAGUCGAGUGGUCAAUGAUGAACUGGCUACCAGGUUUCUAGAAAGUUUUAAAGCAAACCUAGAGAAUCCUAUCCGACUUGCCUAGUCCUCAAAGAUGAGAAGUUGAUCUUUGACUUAGUUAAUUGAAAGACUGUUGCCAAGAAACAUACACCAUAGGAGAACAAUUGGGUAUUUAAGUAUGAAGUGGAUCAAACAUUUAUUUAUUUAAGGUGAAAGUAUUUGACCCAAGUUGUCUUCAUUUUCAGUUUGGGUUCAGUGUUACAGAAACUGAUGAUAAUAAACUGUAACUAUUAAAACAAAGAGAACAUUUGGUUAGUCAGAUCCAUUUUUAACCUCUGGUGCUGUACAAAACGGUUAUUAAACUUGUGUAUAUCAAAUUAUAUGUUUGGCUCAUUUGAGCAUUUUAGAAUAUUUGAGAAUGUAUGAUGCAUUGUAAAAUUUAAAAAUUGUUAGAAUUACCUUAAUUGUGUUGAAAUUAGAAGUGGUCUUCAAAGAGAGGUACCCAUUAAUUUAGCAGUGGGACCUUACUUUUACAAGCACUACUCUAGAUAUACUUGAACAAUUUAAUAUGUACAGAAGUUUAUUCUGGAUAAUAGUAAAUAAAUAAGGAUCACUUAUAUUAGGGGUUGUGGCAACAUUAUUGAACUUUUAUGUAUAUAAAGCCAUAUGUUUAGAGUGGUUUCUAUCAGUCUUAUUUUUCACUUCUUUAACACUGUGAACUUCUCCAGAGGAAGAAUAAAAGAAACAAAAAUGAAGAGAAAGUGAGACCAAAAAAGUAGUGUGGUUCAAUGAAAAUCUAUAGCUAUAAUAUCUAAAACUUCAGAAAUACACUGCUCAACCUUCAUGCUGAGUUGGAAUAUAUUUAAAUAAAUUGUGUUAUCUCCUACUAAA